AGCGGUACGCGCAUGCGCAGCGGCCCAUUCGGCGGCCUGUCCGCUAGCGUUUGUUUGGAUUUGUUUUUCGUGACACAUUAGCUUGGGAGGGGGGGGCGAAAACACGAGAGACUCGGCCAAAUUAACCCCCACUUAAAGGCUGCCGCAUGAGGUUACUGGGUAAGCCCGCCCCUGCCAUGAGAACUGACCACCAGGUCACCAGCCCCCACUCCUUCUGCAGUUGAUGGAUCCGCAGCUCAUCCAGAGAUGACAGACAGCGUCAGGGCCUUCCUCCGCAAUGUUGCGACGGGGAUCAAGGACUCCAUUUUGGGGAUUGGAACGAUCUCUAAGCUGGAUGCCCGCAUCCAGCAGAAGAGGGAAGAGCAGCGGCGGAGAAGAGCCAGCGGGGCUCUGGCCCAGAGGCGGGCGCAGAGUGAGGAGCGCAGACCUGACAAUGAACCCAAACUAGCCAGUCGGAUCUUUCAGUGCUGCGCCUGGAACGGGGGAGUGUUCUGGCUCAGUCUGUUUCUCUUCUAUCGAGUGUUUAUCCCACUGCUGCAGACUCUCACAGCGAGGAUCAUCGGUGACCCCUCCCUCCACGGCAGCGUGUGGUCCUGGCUGGAGUUCAUCCUCACAUCAGUCUUCAGUGCCCUCUGGGUGCUCCCUCUGUUUGUACUCAGCAAGAUAGUCAACGCCAUCUGGUUCCAGGAUAUAGCUGACUUGGCGUUCGAGGUGUCUGGCCGCAAGGCUCAGCCCUUCCCCAGUGUGAGCAAGAUCAUUGCAGACAUGCUCUUCAACCUCCUCCUCCAGGCCCUGUUUCUCAUCCAGGGUAUGAUUGUCAGCCUCUUCCCCAUCGAUGCCAUUGGACAGAUGAUAAGCCUUCUCCACAUGUCUCUGCUCUACUCUCUCUACUGCUUUGAGUAUCGCUGGUUCAACCACGGCAUUGAGAUGCAUCAGCGGCUGUCUAAUAUCGAGAGGAACUGGCCCUACUACUUCGGCUUCGGUUUGCCCAUGGCUCUGUUGACCGCCUUGCCCUCCUCGUAUAUUAUCAGUGGCUGCUUGUUCUCCAUCCUCUUCCCCCUCUUCAUCAUCAGCGCUAAUGAGGCAAAGACCCCAACAAAACUCUACCACUUCCAGCUGCGCCUCUUUUCUCUGGUCGUCCUGAUCAGCAACAAGCUGUUCCACAAGACAGUCCACCUGCAGUCCUCCCUGACCUCAUCCGUCUCCACGGAGAAGCUGCCGUCUCCCCAUACCUCCCCAGCCCGCCAGAGACUCCCAUCAAACCAGUGAUUUUCACCCCCCCUCCCCCCAGCUCUGUGUUGGUAGGAGGAGAACGGAGAGCAGCCCAUGUGUGACCGUUUCAGUCAGUGGGAAAGAUCCGUUCUCUGGAGAGGGAUUCCUCUCAAUGGAAGGAUUUGCGGUUGAGGGUUUACAUGUUUUUAACUCGUCUUUUUGCCCCCUUUGUUUUUUCAUUCGGAGCACCGUCAGAAAGAUUUAAAAGAAAAGGAAAAAACACUUAAUGUGAAGCAGAAAUUUGCGAUCGACUGCCCUGUGCCUCACACUCAAAACACACACGUAUACGCUGUUUGUUUGUCAUUCAAAGCGGUUCUUUUUUUUUUUAAUUUCUAUUUUAGCCUAAAAAGUGCCAUUUGAGUGUCCCUCAAUUGAUCAAAUACAGCACAAGAAAUCACGGACGGUUCUGUUAAGUUACACCAGGUUGACGAGACGUCAAGAAGGAUUUUUUGGCUCUUCUUUGGAGGGGGCUUGUUUGCGUUCAGAAAUGAAGCACAGUCUUGUUUCAUUCACCUCGUUUUUAAUGUUGCAGCUCUCCUUCACCUCUCGCGGGUCAGAUGCUGUCAUUCACGUGAAAAUCUAUUUCUCUGUAAAAUUAUAGCAUCCCUGUUGUUCCUUCGGAGUCCCAUAAAUGACUUUGUACAAUUUAAAAGGCAGGCUGUUUUAUCCUGUGAGUACUUUUUUUUUAGUGAAAUUUUACGAGAUGGCAAGAAGGCUGGCGAAUAUCUUAACUGAGUCUAACAAGCUAUCGAUAUUAUUCAUGUAAUGACAGGAGAGCAAAUCAAAGUUUUACUCCUUUCUGUGAAUAAAUGUGGCAACUUGUGGGCCGGAAAGCUC